AUGCAUCGCGUCACUCUCACCACCGUGGUGCUAGCUCUAGUCACCAACGUCGCUGCACAGGUACAAGGCACAGCAACUGUCGACUUGUCUAAGAGCCAUGGACGAGCACAGGCCCUUGGCUCAGGCUUCAUUUACGGUUGGCCUGAUAACGGGACUGAUGUCGACACUUCGAUCCCAGAUUACUUGGUAACUGACAUCAAGUUCAACGCAAAUCGUGGUGGUGGUGCUCAGAUUCCAUCGCUAGGUUGGGCCAGAGGUGGCUAUGAAGGAUACCUCGGCCGCUUCAACUCAACUCUAUCCAAUUAUCAGACAACGCGCAAGUAUAACGCUGACUUUAUCUUGCUGCCUCAUGAUCUCUGGGGUGCAGAUGGUGGACAGGGCUCGAACUCUCCGUUUCCUGGUGACAACGGUAACUGGACUGAGAUGGAGUUGUUCUGGGAUCAGCUUGUAUCUGACUUGAAGGCUCACAACAUGCUCGAGAGUCUCGUAAUUGAUGUUUGGAAUGAGCCUGAUAUUGAUAUCUUUUGGGAUCGCUCCUGGCCUCAGUUCCUCGAGUAUUACAAUCGCGCGACAAAGCUCCUUCGAAAAGCACUUCCCGGAACCCUUCUCAGCGGUCCAGCUAUGGCACAUUCUCCCAUUCUGACUGAUGACAAAUGGCAUACCUGGCUCCAGUCGGUAGCGGGCAACAAAACAGUUCCCGAUCGUUUCUCCUGGCAUCAGAUUGGUGCCUGGGAACGUGAGCCCGACACGACAAUCCCCGAAUUUGCUACCUUGCGGGCGCAAUACGACGUGCCCGAGAAACCAGUAGAUGUCAAUGAGUACGCUGCACUCGAUGAGCAAAAUCCAGCCAACUCCGUGUACUACCUCUCUCAACUAGAGCGUCACAACCUCAGAGGUCUACGCGCAAACUGGGGCAGCGGAUCUAAUCUGCACAACUGGAUGGGCAAUUUGAUUUAUAGCACCACCGGCACCUCUGAAGGGACUUACUAUCCCAAUGGCGAAUGGCAGGUAUAUAAAUACUAUGCCGCAAUGGUAGGACAGAGACUCUUGACGAAAGCGUCAUCGGAUUCGAAGUUUGAUGUCUUUGCGACUAAGGAAGGCCAUAAAAUCAAGAUUCUAGCUGGCACCAGGACCGUUCAAGCAAAGUAUAGCAUUGGAGUCAGCGGCCUGGGAGCAGUAGGACUUCCCAAGAAGGGGAUGGUCAAGGUGCGAACAUAUCGAUUCGACUGGGCAGGGCCGAAUGGAAAGGUUGACGGGCCUAUUGAUCUGGGGGAGAAGAAGUAUACUUAUUCGGCCGAUACGCUAACACUUUCUAUUAACCCACCAACAAACGCUACCGCGUUUGCUUACGAGUUUUCGAUUUAG